AUGACCUCGGUGGCGCUUCGAGGAGAUGACAGUGUCGUAGCAGUGACUCAGAAGAAGGUGCCAGACAAGCUGAUGGACAAGGAUUUUGGGACGCACCUCUACAACAUCACGCCAAACCUCGGCUGCUUGAUGACCGGCAUGAGUCCAGAUGCUCGGGCUUUAGUCUACAGGGCUCGUGAGAUUGCCUCCAAGUUCAAGGACAAGAAUGGCUACGAGAUUCCAGUGCACUACCUCGCACUCAAGCUGGCUAACAUUGCGCAGGUGUACACACAGCAUGCCUACAUGCGACCAUAUGGUGUCAGCACCAUGCUGUUUUCCAUGGACGACGAGAAGGGCCCGUCACUCUACCAGAUUGAUCCUGCUGGUCAGUACUUCGGGUACAAGGCUGCAGCUGCCGGGACCAAGGACCAGGAGGCGCAGAACGCUUUGGAGAAGAUUGUCAAGAAGAAGAUCCAGUUCACUGAAGCGGAGACGAUCCAGCAGGCCAUCGGAUGUCUCCAGGCAGUCAUGGGUAUGGACUUCAAGGCCUCUGACAUCGAAGUUGGCGUCGUGUCAAAGUCCCGGAAAGGCUUCUUCCGGCUAUCAGAAGCUGAGAUUGACGGACACCUGACGGCUAUUGUGGAGAAGGACACGUGA